UAUCAUAAUGCCCGCGCAAGUGCAGUGCAGGGCCCUACGACCAUAUAAAAGGAGUAGCUAGCAGAUUGCGAAGUUAUUACACUUCACGACUUUAGUCAGUUUCUUUGAGUUGUAUUCGCGUUCCCCAUCCAUCAGUCAUUUAGUGGCUCUCGUUCUGUUAACACGCUAUGUAAAAAAACUCACCGUGGCGCGCUACUCCGAAGCUACCACCAUGGUGGUGACCGAGGUCAACGAGGAGGCGGACAACGAGGGUAAAACCUGCGGCAAGAUUUUGGUGGUCCUGUCAUGGAUCCUGGUGGCAUUAACCAUGCCAUUUUCGCUCUUCAUCUGUUUCAAGGUUGUGCAGGAGUAUGAGCGCGCUGUAAUAUUUCGUUUGGGGCGUCUUCUAUCUGGGGGUGCCAAAGGACCUGGAAUUUUCUUCAUUUUGCCAUGCAUCGAUACUUACGCCCGCGUUGAUCUGCGUACGCGCACCUACGAUAUACCGCCCCAAGAGGUACUCACGAAGGAUUCCGUCACCGUCUCCGUGGACGCUGUGGUCUACUACCGCGUCCACAAUGCUACCAUUUCCAUAGCUAACGUGGAAAAUGCCCAUCAUUCCACCCGGCUCCUUGCCCAGACAACCCUCCGUAAUACCAUGGGAACACGACCUUUGCACGAAAUCUUGAGCGAGCGCGAAACGAUUUCUGGAACUAUGCAACUGUCAUUGGAUGAGGCUACCGAGGCUUGGGGUAUCAAGGUGGAGCGUGUUGAGAUCAAGGACGUUCGUCUGCCGGUACAACUGCAACGUGCCAUGGCCGCUGAGGCAGAGGCCGCUCGCGAGGCCCGUGCUAAAGUCAUCGCUGCCGAAGGAGAACAGAAGGCCUCGCGAGCUCUUCGUGAGGCCUCCGAAGUCAUUGGCGACAGUCCCGCUGCUCUGCAACUCCGUUAUCUCCAGGUUCUGCACGGAAAUAAUUACGCAUCCCCCCAACCAAAAAGGCACGUUGAACACCAUCUCAGCCGAAAAGAACUCAACAAUAGUCUUUCCCUUGCCGAUCGAUAUGAUUACGUACUUCAUGAGGGCAAAAGAGGAAUCCCAAAAUAAUCUAUAAACAUAUUAUUUUUGAUGCUACACUCUUUUUUUGCAAUUCAUUUCUAAUUCUACUCUAUUUUUAUAGUUAUUUUUACUACAAUUCAUUAUUUUUUUAUUUAUACUCACUUCGCUGUAUUUUUUUUAUAUUAUUUUCACUUCUACCGAUUUGCCAAUUCGUCUUCAGACCAGGAAUUAAACAUUGACACGAUUUUAAAACCCAAAAAAAUAUAUACGUUCAAGCAUCCAGGAAAAAAAUAGGGCCCUAUGAUAGUUUAUAGUAAUUAUUGUAUGUGAAUUAAUCAAAUCAAGUAUCAUUACUUAAUUAAUUAGAUUUAUAAGAAUGAAAUAAGCAGGUAAUGCUUUAAUUUAUAGUCCCUAGGCCAAAGACUCAAUCCGAGAGACUUGGUCUCGGAAUAAUAUUGAGUCAAUAGAAAAUAAGACAAAUAUUUAUUCAAUUAGCUGUAGGAAAACAUAUUUAUUCGAUAGUAAAGUAAGAAAAAUUUGACAUUUUAAAAUUAGAAAAAUUCUUUAUCAAUUAUUCGUAGAAAAACAUAUUUAUUCGUUAGGAUAGUAAGAAAAUUAGACAUUUUAAAUUAUUUAAGAAAAAUGUAGGAAAACAUAUUUAUUCGAUAGCAUAGUAAGAAAAAUUAGACGUUUUAGAAUAAAAAUAUUUAAUCAAAUUAACAGUAGAGACACUUAUUUAACCGAUAGCAGUAAGAAAACAUAGUUUUAGGAAAUUAACCAAUAAAAAUAUAUAAUCGAUAAAAUUAAAAAAAAAUAAGUAAAUUGUUAACUUAAACGUGAAAAUCAAAUUAUAAAUAAUUCCUGGAACUUAAACCAAUGUCUUUUACCAAUAAAACAACCGAUGUGUUUUUUUUUGUUUUAUUUUUUAGGGCCAGCCAUUACAUUUAGCCACAGAGUUGCCGAUUUUUUUUUUUCGUGACGUACCAAACUGCUUUUAGUUUAUGCUUUGUAGUGUUACUUAUUUUAGAUAAAUGAAGAUCUCAUCACAUGGCUGUGCUAUAAGUAAAGAACUAGUAACUUGUUAAUAUUUAGUAUUCCGGCUUACAACACGAAAAAAAAAUAGUAGGUACCAAUAUUAUUUUCACUUCAUCCGAUAUGUGAUAAGAUUCUGUAAUAGCAAAUGGCGCGAAAGUGAGAAUACAUGGAUUUGGUGCUUUGAAAGUUUGAGUACAAGGUUAACGAAGAGUAUGGUGAGGUCGGCAAUAUCACAGCAAAUUCAAGGAACAUUCUUAUCGAGAUUGGAAAAAGUAACAAAAAAAAAUUUUAAAAAUCUCGUAGGGCUCAGGUGGAUCUUUGAAGUUUCUGCGACUUUGUUUGAUCCUUCUCGAAUGUAUUUUUGUAGGACGUAUAUAAUAUUGUAUUAUUAUAUAACAAUUAUAUUUAUGCACGUUGCGACUUGUUGUUGGUCAUUUAGCUGUGUGAACUGGAUUAAAAAAAAUAAAAUAAAAAAAAAACACAAAAUAAAAAAAUGCAAUCUAGAAAAAAAUCGUAUAACAAAAACAGAAAUUAUAAAAAAAGUUGUUUGGUUAAGUUUGAAUGAAAACAAGAAGUUAAGGAGUUAGGAAAAACUAUAUCCAGUUCACAUAGCUAAAAAUAAUUUUGGAGAUUAUACUCAUGUUUCAGAAUGUACGGAAAUAUUUUUAUAUUACUAUAUGCGGGUUGACUAUCGAAACAGAUGUUACAAUAUCCCACACAUAUUCUAGACUAUUAGAUUUAUUAUUCUAGACUAGAGAAUAUUUCUUGUUUUUUUGGGGACGAUAUUGAGCCCUCCCUCAAAAACAUUAAAAUCCUUGUAACAAUGGCAAGUUAUAUUGCUUGCUGAAUAAUAGAAUAUCUGUGGUAAGAUUAUUGUAACAUGUGCUUUAAACUAUCGAUAUCGAUAGGUAUGCUACAAUACAAAUAAACAGUUCAAAGUAUAUACCCAAAGACUGCUAAGAUGCUCUUAAUGUACAGAUCUACUGUUCCCAGCAACUAGCGGUGGGUGAACUUUUUUCCGGCAAAAAAUUACGCGAAAUGUACAUAUAUAUUUAUG